ACAGUGUAGUCAGGAAGUGGGUGUUUGCUUUGAAAGAUAAUCUUCAAAGCUGAUGUGUGUACACUUGAAGAAAGCUGUCGGCAAGCGGAGUCUCCACUUCCAUUUUAAACUGUUUUAUUCUAGAAUUAUGUAUUAUUAUGUAACCAUUUAGGUUAGCUGCUGGUCACAGACACAAAGUAUGGUUAAAUAAGAAGUUACACGAGACGUAUUUAGCGUCGCUGGGCUCUCGGUCCACGCUCAUGCGGGCCUGGUCCCAACCAGAUCGUCCCCAGGCUCAACUGAAUUCCCUCCCUGAAAUGUGCGUCUGAGGCAGGGGAAAGCCGUCUUCACUGGUCCCCUGAGCACCACGGGAGGAGCCGAUUUCAUCUGCAGUUUCUCUCCCACCCUCUCCGACUCCUCUCCCUUUUCCAUCCCUCCGUUCCUCUUUUCCUCGCCCCCUCCCUCUCGGAGAGAAUGGAAGAGAAGGACCCCAUUCGCGGCAGCCUCAACUCCUCCUACGUGCCGACGGCUCCGCCCCCUGCGUACGAGGACGGAGAGGCGGGGGGCAGCGACGGGGACGAUGCGGGGGACGGGACCCCUCUCCUGCCCGCGGAGCACCCCCUGGCGUCCCACCAGCGCCCGGAGGACACGUACUGCAUGGUCUACGCCAUCUUCUUCCUCCUGGGCAUCGGUUCGCUGCUGCCCUGGAACUUCUUCAUCACGGCCAAGCAGUACUGGCUGUACAAGCUGAGCAACAGCUCUGACCCUGCGGCUCAGGAGGAGCCCCACUCCGACCUCAGCGACUACUUUGAGAGCUACCUGGCUAUCGCCUCCACAGUGCCUUCAGUGUUGUGUCUGGUACUCAACUACCUCCUGGUCAACAGGCUGUCCUCCUCGGUGAGGAUCCUGGCCUCUCUCUUCGUGAUCCUGGUGGUGUUUGGCGUCACCACGGCGCUGGUGAAGGUGGACGUGUCGCAGCACCACUCCGAGUUCUUCGCGGGCACCCUGGCCAGCGUGGCGCUGGUGAGCGGGGCCUCCAACCUCUUCUCCGGCAGCGUGUUCGGCAUCAGCGGCCACUUCCCCAUGAGGAUCUCCCAGGCCCUCAUAUCAGGACAGGCCAUGGGAGGCACGCUCAGUGCAGUGGCCGCUGUGGUGGACCUGGCAGCUGCCAGCGAUGUGACAGACAGCGCUCUGGCCUACUUCCUCACGGCCGACGUCUUCAUCCUGCUGUGCAUCUUUAUGUACCUGCUGCUGCCCAAACUGGCGUACUCACGACACUACAUGCUAGCAGCAGCCAAUAGCAGCAGCAGGGUUCCCUCGGAGGCUCCGCCCCCGUGCGGGGACGACGAGUCACGCGGCGGCCCGGGCGGGGCCGUCUCCGUCCCGCCCCUCCAGCCCAUCCUGAGGAAGAUGUGGCUGCUGGGCCUGUGCGUGUUCUACGUGUUCUUCGUCUCCAUCAUGGUCUUCCCCGCCGUGUCGUCCGGCAUCCAGUCCGUGCACCAGGACUCGGGCAGCCCCUGGACCACCACCUACUUCGUGCCGCUGACCAGCUUCCUCCUGUACAACGUGGCCGACUUCUGCGGGAGGCAGGCCACGGCCUGGCUGCACUGGCCGGGCCCCACCAGCCGCGCCCUGCCCGCCCUGGUGCUGGCCCGCACCGUGCUGGUGCCCCUCUUCAUGUUCUGCAACUACCAGCCCCGGACGCGGCUGCACACCGUGCUGUUCGACAGCGACCUGUUUCCCAUAGCCUUCGUCUGCCUGCUGGGCCUCAGCAACGGCUACCUGGGCACCCUGCCCAUGAUCUACGGGCCCAAGGUGGUGCCGCGGGAGCUGGCCGAGCCCACCGGCGUGGUCAUGUCCUUCUUCCUCACGCUGGGGCUGGCCGUGGGCUCCGCCUUCUCCGUGCUCAUUGUCCACUGCAUCUGACCCGGGGACGG